AUGAACCAUUGCUGGCGGACAAUCAAUGGCGGAAGCCGGCAGCGUGGAAAGUCUAUGAAAUUUGCUCGGUUGAUUUCAUCAACCUCUGGAAUUUGGACUAAAAAUAGCUCACAGUUUCUUUUAAAUACUUUCUCACAAAGAUUUUUCGCCAGAUUGAAUUCUAGCGCCAUGGAAAAUCCGGGAAGUGCAACUGCCAACGGCGCGGUGGAGAAGACCGCCAGUCAGCUCAAGAAAGAGGCCCAAAGGCAGGCAAAGUUGGAAAAAUUCGCCAAAAAAGGAGAAGGAGGCAGCUCAGAUGGAGGGUCAGAACCAGGUAAUUUUAUAGCUUCCUUCAAUUUGACCCUAUUUUUUAAAGGAUCGAGGCUCUCGUUGUAAACAUGGGAAGUUUUAGUAAGUUUCGGGGGAAGAAAACUACCACGAUCGGAGUACAAUCCUCGACCACGAUGCACGAAGAUUUGAAAUGUGACUAUUUUUCGUACCAAGUGAUUGAAUAAUAGAAAUUUUUCGGAUUAUUGCUAAGUCCUAGUUUACUCCGGAAUGGCUGCUGCAAAAGAACAUCCUUGAAGUCUCCACUUGUAAACAGCUUUCACAAUAUUGCAUCAGCCCUGUGAAUAGGGAAGGGGAUUUUGGAGGGAGGGUGGGUCACCCUUCUUAACUUGAACCCAUAAAAAUGAUAGGGAAGGGGUAACAGUGUUUUGUCUUUUUAGGAGUUUUACUUGUACAGUGAUUAUUCUAGUGAACCCAGAUACUUUUAAGUUGCUAGGUCUCUCCAAAGAUAAUUAACCCUUUAACUCCUAGAAGUGAUUAUCAUGUAAAUUCUCCUGCACACAGGUAAUAAGAACACCAAAAUUUAUAAAGUAGAAGUUAUUGUCUUUCUCUGACACCAAAUUCUCUAAACUAAUUUUCAAGGAAAUGUGAAGCAGUUAGAGGGGAGAAUUGAUAAUCAGAUCAUGGGAGUUAAAGGGUUAAGGUAAGGUUAGUGAUAAGAACUUUAAAAUCUAUAAGAAUUACCAUGCAUAUUUUAUAUUUGCAACUUUUAUUUCAUGUAGAAAAAGAAGGAUAAAAAGAAAAAAGAAACAACCAAGAAAGUUUUUGUGUAUGACAAACCAACAGCUCCAGGAGAAAAGAAAGGUGAAAUAUUUGAUUGAUGUAACUUGUAUUUUUCUGAUAGCGCAUGUAUACUACACUGUGAAUUCAAUAAAAAUGUUUGACUCUCAUUACAUAGUUUGUAAUUAACUAUUGCAGCAUUUUCAAGUUGAGCCUUCUCAAUAAGAAACUUGUGAACAUUUGAAGUGUGAGAGUUAUGUACAUGGCCUCAUGCCAGCAUUUGUUAUUUAUCAGUAUUGUAUGGGGUAGCCCUAUGGAGGAUUUAACAUGUUUUCGUUCUUUUUUUGUAACAUGUAGAUGUCAGUGGAGUUAUGCCUGAUAGUUACAGUCCUGUUUAUGUGGAAGCUUCUUGGUAUGCUUGGUGGGAAAAGGAAGUAAGCAAGUAUUGGAACUAAAGUUUUGACUUGAAAUUUUUACAGCAGUUGGAGCAUGAUAAUCUGUGUAGGAUGUUUGGAGAGCACUUGAAAAUUUUGUCAAUCGGGUACCACUUAUAAUUUACUAGUGCUCUGCCAACAUUCAAAGUGAAUUACUUGGCCAGUAAACCAGAAGGGGGAUGGAUCUUUUGCUUUUAUAGAUAAGCUAUCGUUAUGGGAUUAUCAGAAAACUCAGUAAAAAACAGGUUUUUGAUUCAUCAGUAUUCAGUUGUGUAGUGCAGUAUCAAAUUUUUUUCAUAAUUGACAACAAUUGCUCAGAGCCUGAGAGAGAUUGUUUAUAGUAAGUUGCAUUAUUCAAUCAGAUGAUUAUCUUUUCUUUCAACUUACUUGUUUCCUCUUCAGAAACAUUAAAUUAAAUGAGUUUUGCGGUGGAUUAAUUUAAAAUCAGGGCCUCGUCAAAUCAAAUUCCUAAAACAGGCAUAUUUCAAUAGUAAAGAUAUGAUAUGAAAAUUUAAUAAUUUGAAAUCAUAUGUUUACAAUAAUUAUGUUACUUGCACCUUUUCACUGAAAGCAUGCAAUUUUAUUUCCAGGGAUUUUUCAAGCCUGAAUAUGGGGUAAGAUGAGUCCAAAUUAAUUAAUAAACUUUUUUGCUACAAAUUCAAAAUGACACAGUUUACUAGUUUUGAACUUCCUUUUCUGUUCUUCGUUUUUCACUGAUUUAGAAUUUACAAGUGCAAUUAAAACAUAACACCUGCUGAUUAAAGAUAGUAAAUUUCAGCAACUUACCUUGUAAACUUUGUAACAUUGUUUGCAUUUUUCAUCAUAAACAGCGCAAAAGAGCCUUCAAGAGCCCAAUCCAAAAGGUUUAUUUAUGAUGUGUAUUCCUCCACCCAAUGUGACAGGGUCACUUCAUCUUGGCCACGCCCUCACUAAUGCUGUUGAAGACUGCAUAACAAGAUGGUAA